ACCGACAUUAUUACGUUACCAGCUUCUUUAGAAAGGUCAUGAUCAUUUCCGUAAAUUUAAGCACUUGUAGCCUACAUAUCAUUUUUUAUGCAUACAAAAACAGUCCUGUUUACUUACCACAUCUCACCAAGAGACAAAUACUAUUUCAAACAAUACACUAUCGUGUACAGAAGGCAAUAGAACUCAACACACUGCUGCUAUAGAAAUGGAUAUUGAAGCAAUCUUGAGAAGCCUUAACUCAUGGGGUAGGUACCAGGUUGUAUUAAUGAUUAGCGUCAACAUAUAUGGGACAAUCCUAGCUGCUAUCCACCUGAUGUCCUUCAUAUACAUCAUGGAUACACCUUUACAUUUCUGUAAACCUUAUGAAGGAUUCAACAUGUCUGAAGCGAUUCCAAUUAGCAAGACAUACAACAACGAGAUUACUGAGUACGAGAGCUGCUCGAUAUAUAAAUUAGAAAACGGAACAUUGAUGAAUGAGACUACAAGUUGCCCGAAUGGAAAUGAAUAUUUGCUGAGUGAAGGAGAAUCAACGGUCGUUAAUGAGCUUGGGUUAGUAUGUGAAAAUAUGUUAAUGGCAAACACUGCCAUGUCGGUGUACUUCUGUGGUGUUCUCCUUGGAUCAUUAAUUUGUGGGCUAACCUCGGAUUACCUUGGAAGAAGAAAUGUGUUUUUAACGGCAUCCAUUUUACUUGGAAUUACUGGAAUAGGUCUUACCUUUACCGAAUCGUAUUUUACAUUCUGUGUGGUUUGGUUUCUUACUGCGAUCGAAGAACAGAUUCUUGGCAAACAUGUCUAA